UGUUGUAGGACCACUAUGGGAAAUCGUGUCUGAAAAGUGUCCGUGUUUGCAUUUCCCCAUUUUAAUAAAACUACAGAUAUUAUCGUUUCUUCUGGUGAGGUUUACGGGUUAAAAAUGUCUCAGAGAGGGCCGAGGGUGGAUUUGAGCCUGAAGGAGCUGUCCCUGUCCGCCCAGAGCCCACAGAUCCCGGGGAACUGCGCGUGUCUGCCGCUGCAGGGGACCCGGCUAGUGUGUGUGGAGUAUCCAGCCGUGAUCCAGAACCUGAACCGAGCCUUGGAGAGUCUGGGCGGAGAGCACACCGUGUCCAAAACAUAUGCCAACCCAAACCGGCGGCUGGAGCUGCGUCUGCGCCCUCAGGACCCCUUCUGUCACUCUCUGUGUGGAAACCGUCUGGACUCGAGUAAUCUGCUGAUGCGAGUGCGGCGCCGAGUGAGGAAGAGUGACCCCACGGAUGUGCAGAUACAGACUGAGAUACUGGGCAUCAUAGGAACGACAUACAAGUUUCAAGGAAUGGCAGACUUCCAAUGCCUCGCUGUACACCCAGAGAAUGGCCGUAAGAUGUCCCUGUACGACAGGAUCGUCCUGACACGGCCGGAGAGUCAGGACUUCUUUGAGCAGCCGCUGCCGUACUUCCUGCCCCCCGCCAUUUUCUCUCGCCUUGACACGCCCAUUGACUACUUCUACCGGCCCGACGUCAUGCACAAGACUGGAGAUGGAGGUCCUCAUAAGAACUUCAUUGGUCUGAAUCGGGCCCGGCGCCCACACAACGCCAUCUUUGUGACCUUCCUGGACCCUGUGCCAAAUGAGUGCAUGGAGAUGGCCAAAGUCAACUGGCAGCGUGUGUGCGUGAAGGAGAGCGACCGAAGGGCUGAGCAGCAGAUCACAGAGAUGUUUGAGAGGCGGCCCAUCUGGUCCAGAAAUGCUGUGAAGGCCAACAUAGACGUGCACCCGGACAAGCUCAAGCUGCUGCUGCCCCUAGUGGCCUAUUAUAUGGUGACUGGGCCGUGGAGGAGUCUAUGGGUGCGGCUGGGCUACGACCCCAGGAAGAGCCCUGAGUCCAAACAGUACCAGAUGCUAGACUUCAGGAUCCGCUGCAGCAUCAAGCACGGUUAUUCUGUCAGCGAUGUGUUGGUUAAACCCAAGAGGAGUUCUCUCAGCUACACCCUGCCCAACACUUUCAACAAAACAGUUCCUCCGGCCGCCAGUGUGAUGUCUCUGCCUGAUCAGGAAGGGACCAGCCAGGAACAAAACCCCUGCACAUACAAACUUAAGGAGUCUGCCUACAUAUUCAGAGAGGGCAUGGUCCCCCCUCACAGACAGAUGUUCUACCAGCUGUGUGACCUACACGUGGACAGUAUCCAGAGGGUGGUGAACGAGAACAAAGGCCUGGAGAAGAAGUGUGACGAGCGUGACGGCUGGUGUGUGGUGGGGACCACAGACCAGCUGAGGGACAUCAUCUCUGACUGCAUCAAGAAGGUGGUCCGCUCCAAGAGGAACAAGGCCUUGCGGAAACAGCCAAAGAGACGGCGCAGCAGCCUGAGCUCCAAACUCCCUCCGAAGUACGAAGAGGACAGCAGUGAGCAGGGUGGACGCCCCGAGGAGGAGCCUGAUGAAGAGCCUGAGAGCCUGAUGAAGAGCCCGAUGAAGAGCCUGAUGAAGGUACAGAUGAAGAUGCAGAGGAUGAGCCUGGUGGAGCCCUUGAUGAGACCAAAGAGGAAGAAGAGGAGGAUGUGGAGUUCCAGCCAUCAGAAGGCAGUGAGAAUGAGAUGGAGACAGAGAUGCUGGAGUAUAUGUAACACAAAGAUUCUUCAGAAGACACACAGACAUUUUGUUCAGCCAGUUUGGAUGUAAUAAACACUUUGGUAAAAUAAUAA